ACUUUUAUAAUUUGGUAGGUAGCUCGCACAUACUUCGGUUGGUAAUUGAUUUGACUCGACAUGUUGACAAAGUAAAUAUCAAUAGAAAGAGAUACAAAUAUAAAUAAAUAAAAAUAAUGCUUUCCUGUCAAAGAAAAAACUCACAAUAGAUAAAAUCAAAAGAUACAGGCAUUCACUAAUCACAAAAAGUUAAAAUAACAUGAAGAAAUUUUUAUACGAAUACAAAGUGCUACGAAGUAGUAAAUCGACAAAAGAAACGUCAAAUGAACAACGAGAGCGGGUGACCGUCACGACUAGCCAAAUAAAUCCAUCGGAAGCAGAACCAGACGAGCCUACAAAUGGACACGUAGGCACAAUACGCACUGAAGAGUACAAACGGGACUUAGCAGAGUUUCAAGCCAGGCGUUCUGCUGGUUAUAACGAACUUAGGGAAACCCCAGACAAAAAGAAAUGCGGACGACACUCCCUCCCCGUCUCGUGCACAGAUUGCGCUAGCGAUCCCGACAAAACGUUCAACUACGAGAAGAAAUCCGCCCUGAAGUACAAAAAGAAAUUACACAAAAGGGCCAGAAGUGCCCAACCUGAUGACAAACACGAAGGCGUGCCAAACAUACAGUUCCUAUUCCAGAAUCAGGUAUUCAUGCCAGGGAAUGUGUUCAAAACCUCGUAUUCGGAACCUAGGAAACGUAGUCAGUGCAGGUCACCUGAAUAUUUAACCCAAAAGCACAUAGAUUUCGACGAUGAGCAGCCGGUAUCGCCUUUAUUCUUCAAAAACAACUCUCUUCCGUUCGAUGUUAAGAAUUUUCUGGAUUCACGAAGCGAUGAAGAGGAAGUUGACGGUUUUGUGGAUGAGAAAGCGAAUUCAGCAGAAUCAAGCAGGACAGAUGAUACAAAGAGCGACGCAAGCACAUUCGGCUUGCCCAUAGCCAGUUCGUGCAAUCUCAACAUGACGUACGACAGAAACAAGAAGUGGUGUCUCGGCAAAUGGGGCGUGGUGCCGGUGCAAAUGAAGACAUUGUAUGGUGUUACCAUGGAACAGGUGAAGAAGAAACGGAAUAUGGAGAUUAAUAUUCUGAGAAAAUGUCGCCAUCCAAACGUGAUUCUGCUAAUGGGCUUGUAUCCGGAUGUGCAGAACAACGUGCAUAUAGUUUGCGAGAGGACUAUAGAUACAGUCUAUAAUAUAUUACAUGAGCAGGGUCGGGUAUUGAGCACGCAAACGGCAGUCCACUACGCGCUAGACAUAGCGAGUGCCCUGGCGUUCCUCAAGAUGCAAGGGUACAUUCACACGGAGCUAAACAGCGCUAGCAUAAUGCUCACUUCACACGACACGGCGAAACUAGCUGAUCUCAGCCCGUGUGUGAAGGUGCCUAAAGUGAAGAUGAGCGAAAAGGACUAUGACGCGUAUUCGCCUGAACCGUUGUAUGUUAAUAUUGAAGACACAUGCAAAACAAGGACGGCGGAUUCAGAGCCUCUCCUGUCCGGGCACUCGCAAUGCCCAGAAGGCUCCGUGCUAAAAGAGUACAAAGCGUACGCACACUCUUCGCGGUACGGGUGGCACGCACCCGAGCUGUUCGAGCCGGAUGACGACGGGUUUGUCAGACCCUGCUCCAAGAGCGAUGUGUACUCGCUGUGUAUUGUGCUGUGGGAGUGCUGUAAUGCCAAAAUCCCAUGGAAGGGGAUCACGUACGAGAAACUCAAAGAGACAUACCUGCUAUGGAAGACUGGUCUCCGUUUGCCACAAGACGGCACUUACCCUGGCUGCUUGCUGGCUCUGCUGCAGCGGGGACUUACCCUGGCCAGGGAGGACAGGAUCAGCCUUACUGACUUGCAGCAUACGCUACAGAGUGUUAAGAAUGAUCUUAAUGAGAUGGAAUACAUUAUUAUACCAGAGCGUUUAUCAAAGAAGAGGUCCGACUUCAGUUCUCAAGCAUGGGACUCGACUACACCAAGUGAUUCCGACUGCAUCAGUCCAAAGAAUAUCGAACACGACGCAGUCAUACACACACGGAGCUCCACCGAAAGCGAAAACAAAAGUGGAAGUCCCAUUUACCAUACCAUUCGCAAAACCUCCCUCCCCGAGCCUUACGAUCGCGUCGACAAAUGCUUCAUAUCCAAUGAAGACCUAAAUGAGCGGCUCCUUAACAAAUACGACAAUUUAGAAAAGGAUUAUUCAAGUGCGUGCUCGACGCCGAUAUCAAAAUUUCGCGAGCGAAUUAAAGACACCCCAGGCACUUUACACAGGAGCGAUUCGACGGAAUAUUGCAGCAUUUUGAGCCCAGAAGCGAGGAAUUUCGCCCUUAACGACAAUAGCAUUAAGGAUCAGAGCGGCGAACGAUCUACGGCGAAAUUGAGCCGGAGCUUCACGCCGAAGUCUUAUAAACCCUUACAUAUUAAAGUGCCGGAAUUCAAUUUGGACUCUAUCCGUGAUAUACUUAAGGAUCGGAAUGCAAAUGAGAGCGUUUCGUAUAACUUUGAUAUAAAGAACUAUAGCUUGCCGAGUACGCCGAUAGCCCGCAGUACUAAGUUGAGGAAGAAUGCCUGGCUGUCGGGAGAGUUGAGCGUGAAGGACACUAGUUCGGAGCAAAUAAAAGUUGUGUGCAAAGAAAACGAGACGGACCAUAAAUUGAAUGAAAAACCUGUGCUAAGUGAACCAGCUAGUAUGAUGGCAGUGGAUAAGCAAGUACAAAAAGUUGAAAGUGAAUUUGUGUUGAGUCAACAAAAUGGUAGCAGUAUGGGAGAGAGGUCCCGGCAUACUUCGGAAAGUGAGGACACCGUGCGUGAUAGUUAUACUGGGUUGAAAAGGAUCCCGGAUCCACCAUCAGACUUCCCGGACCCUCGGGCCCCCACACACCGCGGGCCCUACGCGGUAGAACAAGAAGUCUUAGCCAGUGUGAAUGUUAAACCGCUAGUGGCCAUACACGAGAAAUGGAUCUGCGAAGCGAACAAGAAGACUGUAAGGUCUAUGUCGCUGCCCGAGGAUAAGAACAGCAAGAUCCGUAUACAAGCGGUAAAGCCGGCGUCACACUGCGUGGACACUAUGCAGAAGUCUCUACCACAGUUAUACUUCAAGCCCAGUGUGACCAAGCCUUACCGACCGCCGCCUGUGUCACCGGCCGCUAGCUGGAAAAGUGGCAGUCCCUGGGAGCAAUUCUUUCAAACACGCGAGAUGUCCAAAAGCUUUCCGCCGAGAGACUUCGAAGUUGGCAUUCGACGUGAUGCAGAUAAAUCAACGAUAACCGACGACAUAAUGGACCGUCAAAAGAUCGACCAAGCGACGGACACGCGGAGCAUCGAAGAGUUCAUACGAGAAUUGAUCCGAAAGGAGUUCCAAUAUCUCCUGCAAGAUUCCGACAUAUCAGACACAUCUAGCAGGAAAACCGACGAUUUAGUCAACAAGGGUGUCGCGAAUGUUCUAGAAAGUCUCAAAGACGAUAGCGAAAAGAAAAUCCCAGUGAAAUCUUUUUCCACUGUCAAAAUAAAUGGAAAUAACAAGCCUCUCCUACAAAUUACCUUUAGUAGAAGUGGGGAGAAUAGUUUGCAAGUGCUGGAUAAUUGUGUCAAUGUGACUAUAGCUGAAGGAAAUAGCGGUAAAGAAAAACUAAAUCUGUCCAUUGAUGAUACUCUGACCGACGAAAUACAUAUAAAUGCGUUGAAACGGUGCCAAGCAUUCAAUGCUAUUCAGGAAGCCAAAAGUACUGAAGAUCUAUACAUAGACGACGACAUAUCAACACACAUGCAAGAGAAUUUCGGCGGGAAACUGAUCCCAUUGCACGGCUCCUUGCACGAAAUACUCUGCGAGAAGAAAGACGACUGUUGCCUCAUCAAAGUGAAGCAAGAGAACGGAUGCGAUACUAUUUACUUCAAGUGUGACUCUGACACAGAAUCCAGAGACGCCAUAGACGGCUUCGACACCAAAGACACAGUUGUUUUCAAACGAAGCAUCUCCGUUAUAGAGGAACGCAUACAACGCGUCCACCCAAAAGACAAGCGACCCAACCCCGUCGCAGCUCUACGCAAACUCAGCGAUCGACUCAAAUCGCGCCCCAAAUCAGAGAUAUUCGUCCAAAACAUUACCAAAGAGUCCCGAAUACUCAGCAACAGCAGCCCCUGCCUGUACUCCAACGAUAAAGACGAAGUGGAGGUCAAUAUCGAGAACGUCAUGUGUUACCAGGACUCGUCCUCCGACGAAUGCCUCAAGUGCCAAGCCGAAAACGAUGACUUUGAAAUCAUCGAACGAGAAAUAGAAGAAGGCCUCGCUAGCGCCAACUUUAACCCGCUCACUUGCGGCUGCCUCGAGAAAAUAUCCGAGGAAAACCUCUCCGUCAUCAACGAAGAGGAAAAAAAUUUUGGUUGACUUUUAAUCUUUCGUUAAGAAAAAAGAGGAAAAAAAUUUAGUUGACUUUUAAUCGUGAAUAAAAUUAUACUUAACCUGAUAAGCGUGCUAUUUUACGGGCGACGCCCAUUUCGAGUACAAAUUUUUAUAUUUUUUUUUUCUAAGCUGGCUUAUGAAGAAUGCUGUGCUUCAUUGAUCCGUCCGCAUUUAAUGAGCCCAAAGAUGUUUUUAGUUUUUUAUUUUAAGUUUUAAAGAGUGCGCGGGAGUUUUGUGAUUUUAAGAUUAAGUAGCACUUUACAUUCCACUGUUGUGAUUUUUAGAUUAGUUAUUCACCUCGAAGGUUUUAAUAAAUUAUUUUUUGUUAAUCUCGGUUCUAAUUUUAAUAUAAUUUUAAUAUUUUUUUACAUUCCUUAUUAUUUUUUAAGUCUAUGCGCAUGGACCAAAGGAUUGAUUGUCAUUUUAGUCGUAGGUCUUUUAUAAUGUUCCAUCAAUGUUAACUUCAGAAUUUAAGAGGUUGUAUUAAUAUAGAGAAUUAUUUUUAGAAGACGUAUAACAUAGAUUUGUAGUUGAUUUUAGACGUAUUUGUUGAAAUAAAGCGUCGUUACUUCA